AUGAGCAAAGAAUCAUUAGAAAAAGCUAUUAAAGUAAAUUGUACUACUACGUUAUUCUUUGCCCGUAUGGGAAGUAUUAAAAAAGAAGAAUUGAAACAGUACUGCGAACAAUUCGGUCCUGUGAAAGAUAUUUCAAUGAUGGUUGACACAGAAACACAAAGACCAAAAGGAUGUGGAUUUGUAAAGUUCAUGACCCAUGAGGAUGCUAAACUGUGUGUUGAAGAGGCUCCUAAAAGAAACAAGAAUGAUCCACAUAAAAGAAAUUGGGUAAUUGAAUGGGCUAAGUCAUCUCAAAUCAAAGAAGGGGAUCUUGACAAAAUGACAAUUUACAUUUCAAAUCUCAACCAACAAAAUGAUAGUGAAGAUAUGAUCAGACAAAAAUUUGGUGUUUAUGGAAAUAUUGAGAAAGGAAUGUUUGCCUUUGUUAAAUAUGAACAAAUGGAAAGUGCAAUUGAAGCAAUUAAUAAAGAAAAUGGAAAAGAGUGGUGUGGUAAUUUAAUUGUAGUUGAAUUCUCUGAAACUAUCGAAUCAAAAAGAAAUAGAAGACAGAAAGCUACGUUAAAGAAACAUUGUCAAAGCUCUACUCUUCUUCCUCAUACAUCUCAGAACCAGUCAUACCUUCAAAUUACAUCUCCAAAACAAAAACACAUCCCCUCAGAACCAGUUCAUCGUACAUCAAAGUCCUACACAAACUCUCUUUCUUCUCAACAACUUGAUUUUUUAUUUCCUGCUCCUACAUCUGCACGUCAUAUCUCACAGUCAUCGUCUCCAACAACUGAGAUGUUUGUUUCUCACCACUACAAUUUGUCUCAUCAACUCAAUCACGUUUCUCCAUUUGAUGCACUCACUCCAGACAAUGAUAAAGAAACAAGUGAUUUGCCUAUAUUCAGAGAGUUAGUAUCACCAGCCUCUGAAAAAAAGAAAUAG